UCCGAUUGGUCAGUGCUAGACAUGUGACGUCCUUGGGCAGAAUUUGUGGUCUUGCGUAGUUUAUGAAAACUGUUACUUUGUUGGACUGGCAAGGAACAUCUCCAACAGACAUGUUCCUGUACGUCCUUGGGCUGGUGGUGUUUUACUACCUGUACCGCUGGUUCCGGGAGAUCCCCAGAGUCCCAGACAAAGGAGACAAAUAUGUCUACAUCACGGGGUGUGACUCUGGGUUCGGCAACCUACUGGCCAGACAUCUGGACAAGCUGGGUUUCUGUGUGAUCGCAUCCUGCUUCACAGAGAAGGGAGAGGAAGAUCUGAGGAAGGCCUGUUCAGACAGACUCACCACCCUCCACCUGGAUGUCAAAAAGAACGAGAGCGUCGACAAAGCAGCUGCUUUGAUUAAAGACAAAGUCGGGGCUAGGGGCCUGUGGGCUGUGGUGAACAACGCGGGUGUGGCCAUCCCCUCGGCCCCCUGUGAUUGGCUGACCAUUGAUGACUACAAGUCCAUGCUGGAUGUGAACCUGAACGGGGUCAUCGCAGUCACCCUGAGUGUGCUGCCCCUCAUCAAGAAGGCCAGGGGUCGUGUGGUCAACGUAGCCAGUGUGUUCGGCAGGAUUAGUCCUGUCGGAGGACCUUACACCGUGUCUAAGUAUGGAGUGGAGGCCUUCAAUGACAGUCUUAGGAGAAACAUGGUACCUUUUGGAGUCAAGGUCCUCUGCAUUGAGCCAGGCUUUUUCAAGACCACCGUUACCGACUCGACAGUCCUGGGGAAAAGCAUCAAGCAGCUGUGGGAGAAGAUGCCACAAGAAGUCAGAGAUGACUAUGGACCUGAUUAUUUGGACAAGGUGGACGUGAUGAUGAAGGAGAAGCUUGUCAAGAUGUCCGACGCCGACCUGAUGAAGGUGGUGAGCUGUAUGGAGCACGCUGUCUCUGCCGUCCGUCCUCGCACCCGCUACUCGCCAGGGUGGGACGCCAAGUUCUUCUGGAUCCCUCUGUCCUACAUGCCAACCGGGUUGGCCGACUGGCUACUGCUCAAGGAAGCCAUCCUACCAGCCAAGGCUGUCAACUAAGGCUGAUGUAAGAUUGUCAGCGUUUAUGCUGUCAGAACAAAUACUUGUUUGUGCUGUGCUACUGCUUGUCUUUAAUGAAUAUAACACUUUUGUACCCUAGUGUCUGCAGGCUGAGAUACAGUAUGAUGUAAGCUUUGCUACAGACACAUUUUAAUUUUACAUAUCCAUGUAAGGUUUAACCUCUGACCUGUAACAAAAAAAAUAAAAGCCAUAAUUGUUA